CUCUCGGCAUUUAUGAGCACGGCUCGUCCCCUACACUUUCUCGUUGCUGUCGCUGCCGACGCCGCCGGCGAGGGGAAACGGAGAUCGACCGACCACCGACCAUGGGGAGGACUCCGUGCUGCGACAGCAAGGGCAUCAAGAAGGGGCCAUGGGCGCCCGAGGAGGACAAGCUGCUCGUCGACUACGUCCAGGCCAACGGAACCGGCAACUGGCGCAUGCUCCCCAAGCUCGCGGGGCUGAACCGGUGCGGCAAGAGCUGCCGGCUGCGGUGGACCAACUACCUGCGCCCGGACAUCAAGCGCGGGCCCUUCACCCCCGAGGAGCACAACUCCAUCCUCCAGCUCCACGCCAUAGUCGGCAACAAGUGGUCCAUGAUCGCGGCACAGCUGCCGGGCCGGACGGACAACGAGAUCAAGAACUACUGGAACACGCACAUGAAGAAGCAGCUGCGCCAGGAGGGCGCUGCCGCCCAGCUCGCCACGGCGGCGGCGGCUGCGUCGUCGUCCUGCCCCGCCGCCCGCCACAUGGCCCAGUGGGAGAUCGCCCGCCUCGAGGCCGAGGCGCGCCUCUCCCUGCUGUCGUCCUCGGCCACGACGAUCGCCUCCGCCGCCACCGCCUCCUCCUCCUCGUCCACCGCCGUCGCUGCUGAGCACGCGGCGCCCGACAUCUUCCUGCGUCUCUGGAACUCCGAGGUCGGGGAUUCUUUCCGCGGCGCCGCCGCCGUGCAGCAGCAGAGGCAUGGUCCGGAGGCGAGUGCGGCGGCGGCGGCGGCUGGUGUGCCGGCGCAGGCGCUGCCUGCUGAGCUCGGCGGCGACGAUUCCUCGGCCGCAUCGACCUACGGGACCGAGGCGGCGGCCGAUGACGACUACCAGGCGUUCCUGGACCUGGCGAUGGAGGAGUUCACGCUGCUGCAAGGCCGGCUCGGCGCGUUCUCGGUGUUCCCGCAGGCCGACGUGUUCGCCGACGCGCCCUGCUGCCUGUUCGCUCCGUUUGAGUAGCUUUGCUCGAUCUAGCUCAUUUACCAGCAGUCACCAGAGUAGUAGACUAGACGUACGUGACCGCAUUCUGCAUGCGUUCGUCUGCGUACGCGUACGUACAUACAUACGUACGUACACAUGCCGCCUGUCUUGGGGACGAAGAUGGCGUAUGUACGUGCCUGUACGCAACGACCGGAUGGGUGCAGGAGUUGGCGUGUGACAGUACGUAGUCUGUGCCCUAGAGCAAGAGGUUUUUGCGACUGCUCUAGCCGUGGCAUUGCUCUGGUCACUGGUGAAUGUUGUCAACUUUUCAAGUCUUUUGCCUUGCCUCAGCGUGUGUACAUGGAACAUGGUCGCGGUUUUGUGUUUGUGUGUUUUGUGUACAAGCUCUGACUUUUACUGUGUGUGGAUGCAGAAUUCUCUGCAUGACGUUUGAAAAGAGUUGAGCGCUUUUUGCACGACCGAGGGCGUGGCGGCCAUGCGUGCACUUCACGCUGAUGCAACGAUAUGUAGAAAAUGUACGCCUUAUAAGUGAAUAGGCUCUAAUAAUAUAAACUAGAUUUGUUAUAUCACACGGGUGUGAAAGAUUGUCCUCCUAUGUUUUUAUGUCUUUUUCUGAACAAGAUAUAAGAAAAGAAAGGUCUCUA